AUGACCCGUCAGAUCCAACACGUCGCCGUCAUCGGAGCCGGCAUCAGCGGCGUCACGUCCGCCGGCCAUCUACUUGCUGCGGGCAUCAAUGUCACCGUCUUCGAGCGGAACCAUGCCGCUGGUGGUGUGUGGCUCUACGAUGAGCGGAAACCUCUUGAACCGAACUACCCGGCUAUGAAGCCAUCCAUAUCCGAGAGGCACAGGGAGGGCGAAAAGUCUGAUGAAGACUCGCUGCCGCUGAAGCAUGCUCCUCCUGGGCCUUGCUAUGUCGGUCUAAAGAACAAUGUCGAAACGACGUUGAUGCGCGUGAAGCUCAAUGCCUGGCCAGAGGGUACGCCGGAGUUCGUCAGUCACUCAGUCAUGAAGGAGUAUAUUCAGGACACAUCUAGAAAGGCUGGAGCCGAUGGAGUCACUAUCUAUGGCGCGCGCGUGACCAGCGUCAAAAAAGACGGGCAUAAAUGGCAUGUCACCUGGUCGACUCUGCGAGAAGACGGAGAAUCGAAGAGCUUGGAAGAACACGAGGAGACAGCUACAUUCGAUGCGGUCAUCGUGGCUUCCGGUCACUACCAUGCGCCCCGCGUACCGGAUAUUCCCGGGCUUUCGGACACGAAGACGAGAUGGCCCACCCGGAUCAUUCAUUCAAAAGGCUAUCGAAAGCCUGACGCAUACAAGGACAAGAACGUUCUACUUAUCGGAGGCGGAGUAUCAUCCACCGACGUAGCCAAAGAGAUCGGCCCGUUCGCUAAGCGGGUCUACCAAAGCACGCGGAAUGGCAUAUUCGAUCUGCCAUCCAGCAUCCUUCCUGACAAUGCGGCCAGAGUCGGCGAGGUGGAGCGCUUCGAGAUCACCAACAAGAACGGAACAGUUUCCGACGACCAAGCGCUCCCGCUGAACAUCCAUCUCAAAUCCGGCCAAAAGCUCUGCGAGAUCGACGAUGUGAUCAUAUGCACCGGCUACCAUAUCACUUUGCCCUUCCUGCCGGAACUUCACGACGAUGCGACACCAGCCGAGAAAGCGAAUGAGACGAUUCUUGUCACCGACGGAACGCAGGUGCACAACCUACACAAAGAUAUAUUCUACAUCCCGGAUCCCACUCUCGCUUUCGUGGGCGUCCCCUACUAUACAGCAACCUUCACCCUGUUCGAGUUCCAGGCAAUCGUCGUCGCGAACGUGUUCGCGGGGAUCGCUCAAGUUCCGUCAGAGGAUGUCAUGCGGGCGGAGUAUGCCGAGAAGAUCAGAAUGAAAGGCAGUGGCAAGACCUUUCAUUCGCUCAAGGAUGUCGAGGAGGUAUAUGUGGACGAUUUGAUGGGCUGGAUCAAUAAGUAUAGAGAGAAGCGCGGAUUACCUGUUAUUGACGGCCAUACGGAGACCUGGCAUGCAGCCAAGGCGAUCCAGCGCGAACGAGUCAAGGGGUUAAUUGGCGGAGGGAGCGCGAGACGAGAUAGUGGCGUUGGCGAGCAGGAUACUCAGACCAAGACGACAGCUGCAAUGGCUCCCUCACCAGCUGUAGUAGACGAGAGCGCUGUCUCCUCAUCUGAACCCAUUGUCCAAAAAGCACCCAAGCGCAAAUGGGUCAGUUACAUCUGGGAUACCUUCGACAAGUCGCCCGAGGAGCGUCGACUUCUCUUCAAGCUUGACACGGCGAUAUUGACUUUUGCAUCUCUCGGAUACUUCAUCAAAUACCUCGACCAAGUGAACAUCAACAAUGCCUUCGUCUCCGGGAUGAAAGAAGACCUCGGGCUAUAUGGCAACCAACUCAACUAUAUGCAAGCCUGCUGGACCGUCGGCUAUGUAAUUGGCGAGAUCCCGAGUAACAUGCUUCUCACACGGGUGCGCCCUCGCUACUGGAUCCCCGCCAUGGAGCUCCUCUGGACAAUCCUAACCUUCACCCUCUCCCGGGCCAAAACCCCAACGCACUUCUAUGUCCUGCGCUUCUUCAUCGGCCUAGCCGAAAGCUCCUUCUACCCAGGGAUGCAAUACAUAAUCGGCUGCUGGUACCGCAAGGACGAGCUCGCGAAGCGAUCCUGCAUCUUCCACACGAGCAGCGGGAUCGGGAGUAUGUUUUCGGGAUACCUGAUGGCCGGGGUGUAUCGGCUGGGCGGGAGGGGUGGGUUUAAGGGGUGGCAGUGGCUAUUCCUCGUCGACGGGAUCAUCUCCCUCCCCGUCGCGCUGAGCGGGUUUUUCGUCCUGCCGGACGUGCCGGAGAUUUCGGAGCCGUGGUAUUUGUCUCGCGAGGAGGUGAAGCUCGCGCAGAAACGGAUGCAGCUCGAGGGCCGCCAGAACCGGCAGCCUUGUACAAAAGCCAAGCUGAAGAAGAUCUUUGGCUCGUGGCAUAUAUACAUGCUGACUUUGGUUUACAUCACGUUCAACAACGGGGCAGCGGGCGCGCAGCCUGUCUUCCAGCAAUUCCUCAAAGCCUCCACGCACCCCAAGUACACGAUCGACCAGAUCAACGCCUACCCGACGCUCACCUCGGCAGUGCAGGUGGUCACAACCCUCAUCUACGCGUGGACAUCCGAUACCAUCCUCCGAGGCAAACGCUGGCCGUGGAUCAUCUUCGGCGGAUGCAUAAACAUAACCUGCUACAUCUCCCUCGCGAUCUGGGACAUCCCGGUGGGCUGGAAAUGGACCUGCUACAUCCUGUCCGGCGCGGGGUUCGGGCUGAGCGGGUUAUGCAUGGCCUGGGCCCAUGAGGUCUGCACGGCCGACAACGAGGAGCGCGCCCUCGUGGUCGGGAGCAUGAACGAGAUGGCCUACGUGUUCCAGGCGUGGCUGCCGCUCGUCGUGUGGCAGCAGGUCGAUGCGCCGCGGUACCGGAGCGGGUUUGUGGCGGCCACGGUUAUUUCGGGGCUGUUGAUUGUGGCGACGGUCGCCACGGCGUGGUUGCAGGGGUGGGAGGAGAGGUGA